AUGGAGAAGAAGUUAAGGAUAAAGAAGAAAGUAUGGAUGGGGAAGAAGUUUGGGAUGGAGAAGAAUCUACUAAGAAGUGAAGUUAAGGAGGAUGGAGAAGAAGUUAGGGAAGGAGAAAAAGUGAAGAAUGAAGAACAAGUUAGGGAAGGAGAAGAAGUUAAGGAUGGAGAACAAGUUAGGGAAGGAGAAGAAGAAGUUAAGGAUGGAGAAGUAGUUUGGGAUGGGGAAGAAGUGAAGGAAGGAGAAGAAGUUAAGGAAGAAGAAGAAGAAGUUUUGGAUGGAGAAGAAGUUAAGGGUAAAGAAGAAAGUAUGGAUGGGGAAGAAGUUUGGGAUGGAGAAGAAGUUAAGGAUGGAGAAGAAGUUUGGGAUGGAGGAGAAGUUUGGAAUGGAGGAGAAGAACCGAAGUAUGGAGAAGAAGUUAAAGAAGAAGAAGUUUAG